UAGUUGUAGUCUUCUUCCUGCCGGAGGUGAAACCGUCCUACGGAGAAAGUAUCGGCGUUGUUCGUAGCGGGGCUUUAGGAGAGAAGUGAACGAAAGUAGGAGUUUAGCAGUUUUUGUGUGUGUGUGCGUGCUGGACAGAAGUCUGUCACCAUGCCGGUUUUUCACACCAAAACGAUAGAAAGUAUCCUGGAGCCGGUGGCUCAGCAGAUAUCCCAUCUGGUGAUCAUGCACGAGGAAGGUGAAGUGGACGGGAAAGCUAUUCCGGAUUUGUCGGCGCCGGUGGCCGCCGUGCAGGCGGCGGUCAGCAACCUCGUCCGUGUGGGAAAGGAGACCGUACAAACUACAGAGGAUCAGAUCAUGAAAAGGGACAUGCCACCAGCGUUUAUCAAAGUAGAGAAUGCAUGCACUAAACUGGUGCAGGCUACAUCCAUGCUGAGAGCUGAUCCUUACUCUGUUCCUGCUCGGGAUUACCUCAUUGAUGGCUCUCGAGGCAUUCUCUCUGGAACCUCUGAUCUGCUCCUGACCUUUGAUGAGGCUGAGGUCCGCAAAAUAAUCCGUGUGUGCAAAGGCAUCCUGGAGUAUCUGAGUGUGGCAGAGGUGGUGGAGACGAUGGAGGACUUGAUCACAUACACAAAGAACCUGGGACCAGGGAUGACAAAGAUGGCAAAGAUGAUAGACGAGCGACAGCAGGAGCUGACUCACCAGGAACACCGUGUCAUGCUGGUGAACUCCAUGAACACAGUCAAAGAGCUGCUUCCAAUCCUUAUCUCAGGUAUCAAAAUCUUUGUGACAACCAAAACCUCUGGCAGUCACGGUGUGGAAGAGGCCCUGAAGAACCGUAACUUCACAUUUGAGAAGAUGAGCGCUGAGAUAAAUGAGAUCAUCAGAGUGCUGCAGCUCACCUCCUGGGAUGAAGACGCCUGGGCCAACAAGGACACUGAGGCUAUGAAGAGGGCUCUGGGACUCAUCGACUCCAAGAUGGGUCAGGCUAAGAGCUGGCUGAAGGAUCCAAAUGCUCAACCUGGGGAGGCAGGUGAACAGGCCAUUCGCCAAAUCCUGGAUGAAGCAGGGAAGGUGGGAGAACUGUGUGCGGGGAAGGAGCGCAGGGACAUCCUGGGCACGGCCAAGGCUCUGGGCCAGAUGACUGACCAGGUGUCUGAGAUGCGGGCAAGAGGUGAAGGUUGGUCCCCGGCCACUAUGCAGAAAGCCCAGCAGGUUAUCCAGGGGCUCGACUUGCUCACAGGCAAGGUGCAAAAUGCUGCUCGCAAGCUGGAGGCCAUGACCAACUCCAAACAGGCCAUCGCUAAAAGGAUUGACGCUGCACAGAACUGGCUGGCAGACCCUAAUGGCGGCCCAGAGGGGGAGGAGAACAUCCAGGCACUCCUUGCCGAGGCCAAAAAGAUUGCGGACAUGUGUGAGGACCCCAAAGAAAGAGACGACAUCCUGCGCUCCAUCGGAGAGAUCGCAGCCAUUACUGCCAAACUGUCUGACCUCAGAAAACAGGGUAAAGGCGACACCCCUGAGGCUCGAGCUUUGGCUAAACGGAUAGCAACAGCGCUGCAGAACCUGCAGUCGAAGACCAACAAAGCCGUGGCCAACAGCCGGCCUGCAAAGGCAGCUGUUCACUUGGAAGGAAAGAUCGAGCAGGCCCAGCGCUGGAUAGACAAUCCCACCAUGGAUGACAGCGGCGUGGGCCAGGCAGCUAUCCGGGGGAUGGUGGCGGAGGGCCGCCGGCUGGCCAACGCUCUACCAGGCUCUAGCCGCCAGGAGUUACUUGGCAAGUGUGAGCAGGUGGAGCAGCUCAUGGCCCAGCUGGCAGAGCUGGCCGCCCGCGGUGAAGGUGACUCCCCUCAGGCACGCGCUGUCGCUCAGCAGCUUCAGGAGGCCUUGAAGGACCUGAAAGGGAAGAUGCAAGAGACGAUGACUCAGGAGGUUUCAGACAUUUUUAGUGACACCACCACACCCAUCAAGCUGCUGGCCGUGGCUGCAACUGCUCCUCUUGACACCCCCAACAGGGAUGAGAUCUUUGAAGAACGGGCUGCAAACUUUGACAACCAUGCCAACAGGCUUGGCGCCACAGCAGAAAAAGCUGCUGCCGUUGGCACAGCCAACAAGAGCACAGUGGAAGGAAUCCAGGCUGCCGUCAAGUCAACGAGAGACCUAACACCACAAGUUGUGUCUGCUGCUCGUAUUCUGCUGAGAAACCCUGGCAACCAAGCUGCCUAUGAACAUUUUGAGACGAUGAAGAAUCAGUGGAUUGAUAAUGUUGAGAAAAUGACAGGUUUGGUGGACGAGGCCAUUGAUACCAAAUCUCUACUGGAUGCCUCAGAAGAAGCCAUCAAGAAUGACCUCGAUAAGUGCCGUAUGGCCAUGACGAACCACCAACCUCAGAUGCUGGUGGCUGGAGCUACCAGCAUUGCUCGCCGAGCCAAUCGAAUUCUCCUGGUGGCCAAACGAGAAGUGGAGAACUCUGAGGAUCCAAAAUUUAGAGAGGUGGUGAAGGCUGCCUCUGACGAACUGAGCCAGACAAUCUCACCUAUGGUGAUGAACGCGAAGGCAGUAGCUGGAAAUAUCCAGGACCCAAAUCUUCAAAAAGGCUUCCUGGACUCUGGUUUUAAGAUCCUUGAUGCUGUGGCAAAGGUCAGAGAGGCAUUCCAGCCACAGGAGCCAGACUUCCCACCACCUCCCCCUGAGCUGGAACAGCUUAAUCUAAAUGAUGAACCUGCACCACCCAAACCUCCACUUCCUGAGGGAGAAGUUCCUCCCCCGAGGCCUCCUCCACCAGAGGAGAAAGAUGAGGAGUUUCCUGAGCAGAAGGCUGGCGAGAUGGUUAUCGAGCCCAUGAUGGUGGCUGCCCGACAGCUCCACGACGAGGCCCGCAAAUGGUCCAGCAAAGGUAAUGACAUCAUUGGUGCCGCCAAACGAAUGGCUCUGCUUAUGGCUGAAAUGUCGCGUCUGGUGCGUGGCGGCAGCGGGAACAAGCGUGCACUCAUCCAGUGUGCCAAGGACAUUGCCAAAGCUUCUGAUGAAGUCACACGAUUGGCCAAGGAAGUAGCCAAACAGUGUACUGACAAGAGAAUUCGGACCAACCUGCUCCAGGUGUGUGAACGCAUUCCCACCAUCAGCACACAGCUCAAAAUCCUGUCCACAGUCAAGGCUACCAUGUUGGGUCGGACCAACAUCAGUGAAGAAGAAUCCGAGCAGGCUACGGAGAUGUUGGUUCACAAUGCUCAGAACCUGAUGCAGUCAGUGAAGGAGACGGUCAGGGAGGCCGAGGCAGCUUCCAUAAAGAUCCGGACAGAUGCAGGUUUCACACUCCACUGGGUCCGAAAGACCCCCUGGUACCAGUAAGAGGCGGUUCUCUGCUCCUCAGCUCUGUGUUCGUUCUGUGCAGCUGUCCAGGAGGACACUGACGGGACAAAUAUCUGCGUCAUCAGAGCUGUGGUAUGAUUUGCGCCCUUCCACCCCAAGUGGACAAAAAGGGAUGAUACCCUUUUCUCUCCUUUUGUUAUGUGUGUAACAUUUGCUUUUCUUGUUGAAUGCAAAUGAUGGGACAAUCUCUUGUUAGAUUCUUACUGGGAUCUGUUAUUUUCUAAAGUGUGUAAAAACAUUACUUUUAGAGUUUAUUUUGACAAAUCCCAGAAAUAUAUAUAUUGAUUAGAGGUUGGAAUUUAUUUAAUGUAAUUUUUUUUCCUGACAUAAACCACGGUGAGAUAAAUUUGAAUGUGUAGUCUUCCUGAGAUGUUUUUAAAUCUUUGUAACGAUGGUUUUAUUGUCAUUGAAACAGCUUUGCUGGAACAAGCACAGCAACACGAGGACUUAAAAGUAGAGUAAAGCCCCGUUCUCACUUUGAUAGAUGCGAGUUCUGGAAGGUCUAGGUAUCCAGAUACUCAAUAGGCAUUUAGUAGUAGUAGCAGACCAACACGACACCAAUGAUCUUGAUAGGCAGUUUGAGUGUGAGAACCAAAGAACAUUUUGGGAAAAUUAAAAGACGUUAGAGAACAUAGAUGAAGAGUGUAGUGGCAUCCAAGGAGCCAUGGCAGUGUACAGUUAUACAUUUAUUAAGUAUUAGAAACUGUUUUUAAACACUCUACCAUUGCAAAAAAAAAAAAAAUUAGUAGCAUUUGUUGGGUAUGCACGUGUACGUCAUUUGUAAAGAUCCUGGUUGAAGGACAGGUAGGAUGGCGUUGGAGUAGUACA